AUGCGGCGUCUGACUAUCAGCGGCUUGUUGGCCUUGGCAGCGCUACCUCAGCUGGGCCUUUCAUCCGCCCUUGAGCGCCGCCAAACAUCAUCCAACACGGCUACAGUCGACCUCUCCAAGGGCCGUGGAUCGCCGAAGCACUUGGCUUCUGGAUUUAUCUACGGCAUUCCUGACUCCGGGUUUGGCCAAUCCCCAAGUCAGAUCCCUGAUCACUUUUACACCGACAUGGGCUUCAACUAUGCCCGUGCCGGAGGCGCACAGAUGAGCGAGGGCGGCUGGGUCCAGGGCCUUCAAGCCUAUACCGCACGAUUCAAUUCGACCAAGCAGAACUAUCUGACCUCUCGCAAGUUUGGUGCCAGGUUCCAGCUCUUACCCCAUGAUAUCUGGGGCACUGACCAUGCAACCUCAACCACGGCCUGGCCUGGCGAUAAUGGCGAUUGGACAGAUUAUGACAAGUUCUUGAACCAACUGCUUGGUGACUUGCAAUCUAACAACAUGCUGGAUGGCUUGGAUAUUGACAUCUGGAACGAUUGGUGGGUGGCAUUUGUGAAAUACGUCAUCGCGAACAAGGUAGUUCCCGACCAGUGGACGUGGCAUGAUGAGCCCGGCGAUGUGGCCAAUGACCAUGGUAACUGGCAAGCACUUCGUCAGCAGUACAAUGCACCCGACAACCAAGUCAACAUCAACGAAUACGCCACCUUCUCGCAGCAGGUUGCGACAGGUGCAGCCUGGUGGAUUUCACGUCUGGAGCGAUACAACUACAUCGGGCUUCGCGGAAACUGGCUUAGCGGAUGCCACUUGCACGACUUCAUGGCGUCUCUGCUAGGCAAGUCCGACGACAACAGCUGCACUGCUGGAGGGUACGUCCCCAACGGCGAGUACCAAGUCUACAAGUACUACAACCUCAACAUGACCGGCACUCGAGCCACUACGACUGGCAGUGGGGACGGGAAGCUAGACGUGUAUGCAACUAUCGGAAAAGACAAGGUUCGCGUUUUAACCGGUGUAAACAUCAUCACUGGCACCUGGUAUAUCACCAUCAACAAUCUCAGCUCCGUGGGUCUCCCAACUUCAGGUAGUCUUGCUAUCCAUACUUAUGGAUUUGUUGAUAAUGGCCACUAUGGAGGAGUCUCAGCCCCCACUGAUCGAGGAGUGUAUUCGCAUACCUACUCUGGAAACUCCGUGACGUUUGCUGUUUACCAGACAGAUGCAGAUAAGAACACUGCUUGGGCUUUUGAGUUUGCAGUUGGUAAUUGA